AUGUAUUGCGGUCGGUUUCGCGUUGUUGAUAGCAAAGGCGGGGAAGGCAGUGUUGACCACACAGGCCUAACAACUGACGAUAGGGAAUGCGCGAGGACGCAUUCCCGAUCGAUCAGGGAGUAUUACGGAUUCGGGUUUAUCGGUGGGAGUGAAGCUAUUCCGAUGGAUAGGGUGAGGGGGAUGGGAGGCGGAGAUGAGAGUAGAGGUGAGGAAAGCGGCUGGUUUGGGGGAACGGCUCCGAAGGCGGUUGUCCGCAAUGGAGAAGAGAGGCUAAGCGAAACGGGUGAUGGAUUGACCUGGGCGGCGCUUGGGGACAAUUCCAAAUCAGAGCUCUUAGCCACCGUGGACGGCAGCUAUAGAGUGACAGCUGUGAUGAUAUUAAGGGCUUUUGAGUGUUGA